AAAAUUACUCUUAUUAAGUUAAACGCCAUAAUUUUGACAGAUGAACUGUUGUUUAAUGGCAUAUUAUGGCCACUUUCAAAUCUUACAAAGUAACGCCAUUUUACAUAUGUUAAAAUGAGGGUAUCGCGUCUGUAAUGCUUUAAGAGACAUACAUGAUCACAACGUUAAAAACAGAGGCUUGAUUAAGGUUUAAUACUGAAGCCGCACGGUAGUUAUGAAGUGUGAGUGUAACUUUCAGAAGCGCAAGCUUAACUGACACGUGUGAAAUGUAAAUUUGACUUCAAUUAUUACGAGUUAUUUUUGACAGCGAUCUUACUCCAUUAAGUAGUUUUAGGUAAGCCUGUGUGUAAGAAACACAACUAAAACUACACUUCCCAAGACACACGCGACCUCCGUGACACAAUUAACACGCGACGAUGUUUACGUCAUAAGGAAAUCAUAAACUGGCGGGCAGAGUUUGAAAAACGAAUACACAAUAGGGCGUGGCUAUAGCCGUUCUUUGAAAAGAAGAGGAAAAAAUAAGAAUGGCUGAAGCGACGAGACAGCGGCGAAGAAAUGAAUCAACACCAACGCAACAAAGCAGUGAACUUUCCAGGAAUCAAAGAGUGCAGAGUCUGCAAGAUACUGCUUCUUCACAGCCAGUAGCUUUUGGGACUCGUGCAAGAUGUACACCAGUGAAGACCGAACUUAAUCAGAGCUUAAGGAAAAGGCACUUGCCUCCCCCAGAAUCAAAUUUGAAAAUGUCUACAAGGAAGCAAAACAAAAGAGCUAAUUGCAGCAGAAAUGGAGUAGAAAUGUUGGAAAAUCCUAACCUGAAACAAGAAAAAGGAGGGAAGUUCGAAAUUCCCAACUUAGAACAACAUAAGGCGGAGUUUACUAAAGAAAACUGUGGCAAGGGAGAGAUUGGUGGAGAGUCUGAAAACUGCAGCUCUGACUGUAGGACAGACCGUUCAGAAGAGUAUCUUGAGGAUCGAGAGUUGAAAUGCUUCAAAUUGGCACAAAAGACUGAAAGUCAGUCUCAGACUGUUAUCUCAGAGAAGCAGAAUGAUUUGAACAGCAUGGUGCAGGAGGCAGAAGGGCAAUCUGGCAGCUGCAGAUCUCUGCCAGAGGCAAGGAUGCAGUGCCAAGGCCACGUCUCUGAAUUGGAGGCAGGAAAGCAAUGUCAAGACUCCAUACUAAUCGAGGAGUCUUCUGAAAGACAAAAGUCGCCAAAAGAAGUGAAGGAAUUAAACAAAUGUCCUGAUCUGGAGGAGCAUGAGGGAGUACAUUCAACUGUGAAUAGUACUUUCCAAAAUGCACAGUGUUCAAACGCUUCCUCAGAAGGAGAGAGCUCUUCUGGCAAAGUUACAAAGAUGGAGUCCAUUUUGGCUGCUGCCAUGCCUGACCCAAGAUCUCAUGGAAUCACAAGUCCACCUAACAGGAGGAAGUCCUGGAGGAAAUCUAUCAGCAGGUCUCUGCCAACAUUCCACAAAGAAUCGUCUGAUCAUCAAGAACUCGGUAAUGAUAUUGGGCAGGAGCUGCCAGAGGACCAGAGGUUCGCCAGACUUCUGCAGGCCUCUUUUGAGUAUGCAUUGGAGAAGCUAAAGAAUUCUGUGAUGUCAGAGCCAGAAAUUGACCUGCACGUUCUUAAUUCAAACGUUUCUUCUAUAACUAAAGAUGUCAAGUGGUUGCUGAACAACAUGCAAAAAGCAGGAAAGUUUGAGAAGGUGACGCAGAAGCCACCAGAAGAAUUGUGUUCUGAUCCAGAGAUAAGAAAAACCAUGGAGAAUUUAAGCAUUGCUGCCAAGAGUUUAAAAUUGGAGUGUGUAGCCUGGGAUAAACUUCUGAAAAGACACAAGGAAUUAUCUGAAGAGAAAAACCGGGAGUUGGAGCAAGCGAAGAUCUCUGGUGUUACAUGUGUGCUGCCAGCUGGAGUGGAAUCUUCCCAGAGUCGAGUAUUAAACAGCAAACCAGAUUAUCAGAAAUUGCUGGAUAGUCAACGAUUUAUGAUACAAAGCGCUGAGACUCUGAUGGAUAAACAUAGGAUUACAUUAAGAGGUCUAAUCACAUUUCAAAAUCAUGUGGAAACAACACUGAAGAAGGUUUCUGCUCAACUCGGUAAACAAGCUUUCCCAGAGCAGGGGUGGUCUCAACUGAAAAAUCUGGCCAGGUUGCCUAAAGUUAUAUGAACUCUACAGAAAAUAGAACAUUUUAUGAAGCCUGGGUUUAAGUUUACAUCCCUAUCUGUCAAUAAACACCUGCUAUACAGAGGACCGGUAUAUAAAAAGCUGGGACUUUUCAUGGGA